UUCUACCCGGGGAAAGUCUGAGACCCGCCAGUGGAUUCUCGGAUCAAGGCGGCCGAGAGAAGCCCCAGAUGCACGUCCCUGAUCCUGGUACUGGGUCGUUGAUGUUCUGAAAAGAACCGACCCCUUUAGCGCUUGGACCAGAGCGCAGAAGGCUGCGAGCGGCGGCCCCUCCUCCGGCCUCAGUGUGCUCUCCACAGGCGCUGGGCUCGCAGGCCCUCAGGGCCUGGCCCGGACAACGCGCCCUCGACGCCGGCUGGCCCCUCUCUCUCCACCUCUCUGUGCCUCCCAGCCCAGGCCGCUUCCUGCGGCUCCACAGCCGGGAAGGAGGCUGAAAGGAAGCAGCGGAGCCUCCCGCGGCGGCCCGAGGCAGCAAAUCCCAUGGCCUACUCCGAGCCUCAGGUUGGGCCCCGCCCCCUCCCGGGCCACCACGACCGGCCGGGGCACUUCCCUGCAGAAGGGGCAGCAACGGCGCCUCCCCCUGGAGACGCCUGGAAAAUGGUACUCCCCGGAAGUGACUUCACGGCUUCCUGGAGCGGCUUCCAAACCUAGCGGAAGUGACGGACGGAGGCUGCUGGUUCCCGCGACUGUGGAGGGCGAGGUGACCCCCUCGCGGGAGUGAGACGCCGCCGCGACCAUGGGCCGCACGUUUGGGAAUCUGACCCGCAUGCGGCAUGUGAUCACCUACAGCUUGUCGCCCUUCGAGCAGCGCGCCUUCCCGCACUACUUCAGCAAGGGAAUCCCCAACGUGCUCCGCCGCACGCGGGCGUGCGCCCUUCGCGUCGUGCCCCGGUUUUAUCUUGUCUACACUUGGGGGACCCAGGAGUUUGAGAAAUCCAAGAGGAAGAAUCCAGCUGCCUAUGAAAACGACAAGUGAGCCAUUCAUCUGAAUAGUGAUUACCGGUGUAUGAGGGACCCUUCUUUGGGAGAGGAGUCUACACUGUAGUGUCUUGAAGACGUAAUAAACUACUUAUGGACUGCA